AUGGCUAACGAGAGGCAAAUCCGUUUCGGAAUAUUGGGCUGUGCCACCGUAGCGCGCAAGCUGGCCGGGGCUAUAUCGCUGGCUCCGAACGCCACCAUCUCCACCGUGGCCAGCUGCACGGCGGAGAAGGCCGCAGCGUUUGCCGCAGAGACCGAGUGCUCCGCCACCGUGAAAAUUUACGGCAGCUACGAUGCCGUGCUGGAUGAUCCGGAUGUGGACGCCGUUUACAUCCCUCUCCCCACCAGCCUCCACGUGCGGUGGGCCGUCCUGGCGGGGCGGAAGAAGAAGCACGUCUUGGUGGAGAAGCCGGUGGCGCUGAAAGUGGCGGAGCUGGACCUGAUUCUGUCGGCGUGUGAGUCUAGUGGGGUUCAGUACAUGGAUGGUACCGUGUGGAUGCAUCAUCCUCGAACUGCAAAGAUGAAAGACUUCCUCUCUGAUCCUCUGCGCUUUGGCCAACUCAAAUCCGGAAAGAGAUGGCGGCGUCGGCGAAUCACGAAUUUCCAGCGGUUGUUGGCGUGCACAGAGGCGGAGGUGCGCUGGGUUCCCUGCUUCUUCGCGUCUUCUUCCCUGAUUUUCCGGGCGAUUCUUUGGAAGGUGACAGAGAGUUGCGAUCUUCGCUGCUUCUUCGUUGGUUUUCCGACGAUUCAGGGAGGAAGACGAAGGAGUCUACGGGUUGAUGCUAAUAACUUUGAAAUCAAACCAUCUAUUAUUCAGAUGGCUGCUUCAGAUUCUUUUGGUGGGUCACCAACAGAAGACCCUAAUGCUCACAUUGCAAAAUUUCUGAUCGAGGAUCUGCAGCACUUUCAAAAUUAA